AUGACAAAGGUUGGUGGAAGUUUGAUUGAGAAACGAAAGAAAGCAAAUGGCAGGGUCCGGGCAACUGGAACCGUCAAUCUCUCGAGGAAGACGGAGUGCGGAGGAGAGUGCGGAAGGAAUUCGGAAGGCAAAAUGAGGUCAUGGCAGGGUCAAAGAGCUUCAACAGACCUUCAGACAGAAGGGGUUAAGUGUAGGAUUGAAGGGGUGGUUCGGAACUUGGUAAAGCCCAGGGGUCAGUCCGCAGUGACGUCCACCGUCACCCAGGGUGACAAAGCCCCUUCACCGACUUCACUGGGAACCAACCAGCGGACGAUCCCCAGCGGUCGGGAAGGGAACCUUGGAUGUCGAGAGAGGUGGUGCCACCGAGAGGUCCGGGGGGCUCGGCGCGCCGAUGGAGCUUCAGCGGGAGCGCGGCGCGGGGGACCGACCCCGGGAGCCGGAGGGUGGCCGGACGGGCCGGCGCUGGAGCUGGGGCGGGGGCUGCUUGUCGGACAGAGCCGAGGGGCUGGUGGUGGCCCUGCUGGGGGCGGCGUGCCGGCCGGCUUCGUGGCGCCCUUCACCCGCAUCGCCUACCAGGCGUCCCGGCUGCCGCCGCUGCAGAUCCUUUUGUUACGCUGCUGUCCUCUGGGGCUGGGCUUCGCGCUGCGCUGCCGGGGCGCGCCGCUCUUCGGACCCCGCGCCGCCUGGAGACCCGUCUUCGUCCACGCCCUGGUCAACGUGGUGUCGGUGGGCUGCGCCUACAUCGUGAUGGUCAUCCCGGCCGGGAGCGCCACCACCGUGCGCAAGGGCACCUCGACCCUCUGCUCCACGCUGAUGGGUCUGGUCAUCAGCACCUACCGGCUCAGCCCGUGCGACUGGCUCGGCGUCCUGGGCAGCGUGGCCGGACUCUGCCUGAUCGUGGUGCCCGAGUUGGCGGCGCUGGACAAGGUCUCGCUGCUGCCUGACGUCUUGGCUACGUGUUGGCCAUGCUGGCGGCUUGGCGCUGGCGUCGCCCUGGUCAUCUUCCGCGCCCUCGGCCACCCGGCCAAGCUGCUGACGGCCGCCUUCACCUUCGGCGUGGUGGGCAGCCUGGCGUGCGCCCCUCUGGCGCCGCUGCUCCGACCGGUGCUCACCGCCGACCCGCUCACCUGGGUCUGCGUGGCGGCCGGCUCCCUGCUCGCCCUCGUCUCCUUCUUCUGCGCCAACCACGCGGUGACCAGGGCGCACCCGGCGCUCGUCUGCGCCCUGCUGCACUCCGAGGGUGUGACCAUGCUGUUGCAGUACCUGCUGCUCGGCGAGCCCGUCACCGCCUACGACGUGGGUGGGGCGGGGGUGAUCGUGGGCGCAUCGUGCUGGUGA